AUGGCCUCCACCGCCGGCACCGACCGCCUCGCCCAGCUCAAGGCCUUCGACGACACCAAGGCCGGCGUCAAGGGCCUCGUCGACGCAGGCGUCACCGCCGUCCCGCCCAUCUUCCAUCACCCGCCCGACCCCCACGACGCCGCCUCCAACGCCCACGCCGCCGCCGCCACAAUCCCGGUCAUCGACCUCGCCUCCAUUUCAGCAACCAACAACGCCGCCGCCCACCACCACCAGCUGGUCGCCCAGGUCAAGGCGGCCGCGGAGACCGUGGGUUUCUUCCAGGUCGUCAACCACGGCGUGCCCGGGGAGCUCCUCGCCCGCAUGCUCACGUCCGUGAGAAGCUUCAACGAGGAGCCCGCCGAGUCGCGGCGGCCCUACUACACCAGGGACCCGGCGAGGCGCGUGAGGUACCAGAGCAACUUCGACCUCUUCCACUCUCCCGCCGCCAACUGGCGCGACACGAUCUUCAUCGAGUCCGUGGCGGCGCCCGAGGAGAUGCCGCCGGCGUUCAGGGACGUCGUGCCGGAGUACACGCGGCAGGUGCGGGCGCUGGGCGCGCACCUGCUGGCGCUGCUGUCGGAGGCGCUGGGCCUGGACGCGGGCUACCUGCAGCGCGACGCCGGGUGCCUGGACGGCGGGCCCGCGCUCGGCUGCCACUACUACCCGCCGUGCCCGGAGCCGCGGCUCACGCUGGGCACCACUAGGCACUCCGACCCCAGCUUCCUCACGGUGCUGCUGCAGGACGACGCCGUUGGCGGCCUGCAGGCGCUCGUCGGCGGCGGCGGAUGGGUGGACGUGCCUCCGCUGCCCGGCGCGCUCGUGGUCAACGUCGGCGACUUCCUCCAGCUCAUGUCCAACGACAGGUUCAAGAGCGUCGAGCACCGGGUGGUGGCCGUGCCUGGCACCGCCGCCGCGCGGGUCUCGGCGGCCUGCUUCUUCAGGCCCACCGGCGCUGCCGCGUCCUCCAGGGCGUACGGCCCCUUACCCGACCUCGUCAACCCGCCGGAGGCCCCGCGGUACCGGAGCGUCACCACCGUAGAGUUCCUCGGCUACCAUAGGCAGAAGGGUCUCGACGGACGAUCUGCGCUCGACCAGUUCAGGCUGCUGCCAUGA